UGAACGCGUGAACCUCAGACCCUCAGACAAUCUGUUUGGUUAUCUGAGCGUGAACUGACUGAACGGGCAGAACCAGGUUGGCUGUUGUUGAAUCAACUGCUCUUGUUUUAUGUCACCUACUCAAUGGAAAUAACUCGCAGUAAAAUAGAACUGUAAGCUACAAACUAUUCAACUGCCUGUUAGUUAUCGCCGGUCUGGAAUACUUAACUACUGAUCGACAUUGUCCAUACUCAAGAUGAGCAAUGGAUGUGACAAUAAAGGAUUCAAUACUGACGCUGAAAUCAUUCCUUUGGAUUACACUAACUCAAAGACAUCGACAAAAUCUUCCGAAUCACCUGCAGAUAGACUAUACCAGGAAAAUAACACCAAAAAAGAUGCUACCAGAAUCAGUGUGUCGGAGGAUAGUGACCGGCCAUUUAGUGGGAGGGCUUCAUCUUUAGCCGACAUAGCGUUGUACGCCAACAAACUCCAAUCAAGAAAACAGGGAGGGGAUGGCAAGAAAACACGAGGAUGGGAUAUCGUGAGAGAAUUCGUACACGGCAUGAGAGUAAUGAAAAGAUCGACGCUGGUAUACACACAUAAACAGAAAAUGAGAACAAAAGACUUCAGCAAAGAGCGGCGUGCAGGACAAGACAUCAAGAACUUACUGCAUGAAGCAGAAAUAUUUUUGGACUUACAUGAAACAAAUUUAUGCGGUAUUGUUAAAAAUAUGGUCAACCAAAUGUUGCCUGAAAAUAGCGGGGUGGCAGUGAGUGACUGUUUACGAAAAUUGUUCGCGGACCCUAUAUGUACAAUGCCAACUGAUGUCAUACAAGGCAGUGUUGUACAUGGAGGAAAUACAUAUUGGGAGGAAACCUGGCUAUGCAUGUUCUCAAGUUUUAGCAAUUUGGAGAGACAUUCAUAUGCUAUAUCAAGACUAAAACAUCCAGUCAAUCUAGGACCUGGCGCCUCAGAAAUACAGUUUGUUAUAUUGGUUUUGGCGCCAACAAGAGAGAAAAUGACAAAAAGUGCAAAGGAGACGUCAUUGACAUUUGCCACCCUAUUUAGCGAUCUACAGUUCAGGUGGGAUCUGCAUGAAGCAAAAUCUGUUAAACAGUUCAAAAUGAUAAUAGAUGAACGAUACAGUGAUUUGGUAGAUCACAAAACAAUACGUAAUGUUCUAAUUCGUCAUGAAAGUAUGGAAGGUCGCGACACCAGUCCUUUCUUAGAGGCAGAUCCGGGACCUGGUUGUGGUAUUGCAAGAGGUAUCCGUGGUGAUAUCAAGCGAAGACUUCCCCAUUACGUUAGUGAUUACAUAGAUGGUUUUCGGAACUGGACAGAAAUAUCAAAGCUUAUAACAACUGUGAUAUUUUUGUAUUUCUCGUGUUUAUUGGUGACUAUAGCUAUUGGUGCAUUGAAUGACAAAAACACCCAGGGUGCUUUCGGUGUGAAGGAAUCAAUGGUCAGUCUGGCAAUAGCUGGUCUAACGUUCGCCUUAAUUGGAGGGCAAUGCAUGACAAUUCUUCUGACAUCAGCACCCCUGGCUAUAUAUGCAAAGUUGAUAUCAGACAUUUCCAUAGAAAAUGGUUAUGAUUUCUUGUGUUUCUACGCAUGCGUCGGUUGGUUCAGCUGCGGUCUUGUUUUUAUAUAUGCACUAUUCGACCUCUGUAAAUAUAUGAAAUAUUCCACCAGAAUGGUAGAUGAAGUGUUUGCUCUCUUUAUAUCGGCAUCUUUCUUGAAGGAUGCAAUAAUGGACACAGUAUACAAUUUCGAAGAAAAUUACAACUGUUUGUGGGAUGGGACAUUGGAUGAACCUUGUACGAUUUACAACGCCACUCCCGGCUCAGUGCGUAAUGGUGAACACAAUUUUACAUCACUACCGAUCGACUGUCCAGAAUGCAAACCAGUAGAGUCAAUAUUGUUUCUGUUCAUGGUGAUUGCUGUACCAACGCUAGGAUUAUUUUUACACUACUUUAGAAACAGUCCAUUCUUAGGUAAAACUGUUCGUGUUGCGAUUCUUGCAGACCAGGCCCUGGCGAUUACUGUUAUAUGGUGGUCUUUUGUUCAUUCGUACUUUUUCCGUCAUUUAGAAGUCGAACCAUGGAGUUACACUGAAAGUUCUGUGUUCCGUGUCCCUGAUUUCAGUAUCAGUAACAUGGAUGGAAUGGCCAUUUUGUUGGCGGCCAUUUUGGGAUUAUUUCAUUCUCUUCUCAUCUUUGUUGAUCACAGUAUCGCGGAAUCAGUCGCAUGCGCACCAGAAAAUAAAUUGAAAAAGGGAACUGCUUUCCACUGGGAUUUAGUGGUUGUUGUUAUGUUGAAUUCUGUGUCAUCGCUGUGCGGGUGGCCAAUGGUUCAUGGUAAAUUGCCACACACGCCGAUGCACGUAAGGAACUUGGCUGAUUCUGAAGAGAGGGUUGUCCAGGGAUACAUUGUUACCACAAUUGUGAAGACGACAGAAACUCGACAAAGUACCCUGAUCUCGCAUAUUUUCAUUGCAUUGUCUCUUCUUAUGUUACCUUACCCAUUGCAGUAUAUACCACAGUCAGUGCUAGAUGGUAUAUACACUGCGUAUCCACCUAACCAUUACGUCAGACGAGUACCACAACGCUCUAUGCACUUCUUCACAUUUUUAGAGAUGUGCUGUCUUGUUGUAGUGUGUAUGUUUGGACUUGCCUAUGAGACGGCAGUGAAAUUAUGGUUUCCUUUCAUUCUUUUAAUGCUUAUACCUCUCAGGCAACUUGUCUUCCCGAAAAUAAUAAAACCAGAGUAUCUGCUUGACCUGGAUCAACAUUAG